CGAGCGCAGAUGCCAAAGUAGGUUCAGUGCGGCACGAGCUUCCAGUCAAGAUGAAGACGAACGUGGUAUUGACAGCAGUUUGCUGUCUAGCGAUUGGUGCGAGCGUGUCGGCGCUGCCGACAGCUCUUAACAGAUUCGGACUACCCGUUCACUUCUCAUACCGCACUGUCCACACGCCCGCCAUUUUCUCACAACAUUUCACCCCGGUUGCUCCAACAGCUAGGAUAAACAUACCUAGCCACGUCCCUGUCAUGGUCCCAGUGUCCCAGGACUUCGUCGGGGACUCCGUUGUGGUCACGCAAGAAGGUCUGUCCAAGCUGGGACUUACGAACCCAGUAGGGUCGGACCAGACGAUCGGGUCCUCGGCAACGCAGGUUCAGGAUACCGUCGUGCCUGCUAGUGAAAACGAAGUAGCAUCCUCUACUGGGCCUCUAUCAGCCGCGGAUGAGUCCUUCGUUUUGACUGCCACACCGGAAACUCCAGUGACAGCUGCUGAAAGGGUAGUUGAAAACGUUGCAAUUCCAACAGUACAACCAGUCCAAGUAGUACAACCAGUACCAGUCGGACCAAUUUCACCGUUCGCGACAGAGACGUACAAAGCGUACGACCAAUUCAUCAACACGUGGCUGAGACUCGCAUCCAUCAAUCUGAACAGACCUGAUAUCCUUAAUCUCAUUACACCCCAGCAACAGGCAGUUCAAAACAGGAAUUCGGAAUCUCAAGUUCAACCUGCUAAUCAGGUAAGGGCUGAAGUACCCAUUGAAUCUGCAAAGCCUGUUGAAGUUGCACAAGAAGUGCAGGUUGAAAGUGUUACGGUGAAAGAAAGUUUACCCGCCGUAACAGAACCGUCCUACCAAGAGGAAAUUACGACACAAACUAUAACAGAGGAAUCCACCCCUGUUGUCGAAGUUGCCAAAGAGGUAUCACCAGAAAUUGUCAUCAUCUCGCAGGAACCAAGUGUUGCCGCGCAACCAACAGCUGUGGUAUCAGAACCAGCUGUGGUAUCUGAACCAGCUGCUGAAACAGUUGGUACGCAGUCAUUUGGAGUAGAUAAUUCAGAAAAUGAAAUUCAAACAACCUCACUUGCAUCGCCUCGCCUAACCUCCCGAGGUAGACUGUCAGGAUUCCGUUACAGCUUCUCCCACAUACCGCAGCGGGGAGCGUUCUUCUUCAAUUCCAUCGCGGGAUAAACUAAGGCUCCUAAAAUUUUAGUCUCUGUGUAAAUUUGUUACAUUAUAUUGUAUAAUUUGUAUAAGAUAUUAGAUAUACACCCACACAUGUGUGGAUUGAUGGUCAGAUGGCGAUGUCCAUAGCGUUACGUUAGUGAUAAGUUGUACGUAAAUUCCAGACUGGUAUGGUUACCAUUGCAUAUUAAUAAAAUGUAUUCUCAUGACGCAAUAAACGUUUAAUUGACGUCCUAAAUUCUGAAUUCAUUUGGAAAAUCCAUUUACUAAAAUGAGAUAAGAUAAUAAAAUUAGGAAAGCGUUUAAUUGUACAUAAUUGUCUAGCAACAGCUCCAAUUAUAUGUAAAAAAUAUAUGGAAGUUAAUAAAAAUUCUUCAAUGUUAAUUGAUGUCCCAGAAAUAUAUUUGUAUAAAUCUAAAUAAUCUCCCGGCAACAAAAACGUAUUACGUAUGAAAAUAUACGCUGUCACGAGAA